CCGCUGCGGUGUGGGUCACGUGACGCCCGGCCCGGAAGCGCUCGCUCCCGAGACCCCCGGGUGACGGGGUCGGGAUCUGCCUUCUGGAGCGACCGGGAGGGUCGCGGGGGUCCCUGCAGUUUUCCGCUCCCCGCAUCCGCCGCCAUGGCCUGGACCAAGUACCAGCUGUUCCUGGCCGGGCUCAUGCUUGUCACCGGCUCCAUCAACACGCUCUCGGCCAAGUGGGCAGACAACUUCAUGGCCCCGGGCUGUGGAGGGAGCAAGGAGCACAGCUUCCAGCAUCCCUUCCUCCAGGCAGUGGGCAUGUUCCUGGGGGAGUUCUCCUGCCUGGCGGCCUUCUUCCUGCUUCGGUGCAGAGCAGCGAGGCACCCAGAUGCCAGCAUGGAUCCCCAGCAGCCCUUUAAUCCCCUUCUUUUCCUGCCCCCUGCCCUGUGCGACAUGACGGGGACCAGCAUCAUGUAUGUGGCCCUGAACAUGACAAGUGCCUCCAGCUUCCAGAUGCUUCGGGGUGCGGUGAUCAUAUUCACGGGCCUCUUCUCGGUGGCCUUCCUGGGACGGAGGCUGGCGCUGAGCCAGUGGCUGGGCAUCCUUGCCACCAUCGCGGGACUGGUGGUCGUGGGCCUGGCCGACCUCCUGAGCAAGCACGAUGAUCAGCACAAGCUCAGUGAAGUGAUCACAGGGGACCUAUUGAUCAUCAUGGCCCAGAUCAUCGUCUCCAUCCAGAUGGUGCUCGAGGAGAAGUUCGUCUACAGGCAUAACGUGCACCCACUGCGGGCAGUUGGCACUGAAGGCCUCUUUGGCUUCGUGAUCCUGUCCCUGCUGCUGGUGCCCAUGUACUACAUCCCGGCGGGCUCCUUCAGUGGAAACCCCCGCGGGACGCUGGAGGACGUGCUGGACGCCUUCUGCCAGGUGGGUCGACAGCCACUCAUCGCCGUGGCGUUGCUGGGCAACAUCAGCAGCAUCGCCUUCUUCAACUUCGCGGGUAUCAGUGUCACCAAGGAGCUGAGCGCCACUACCCGCAUGGUGCUGGACAGUCUGCGGACCAUUGUCAUCUGGGCCCUGAGUCUGGCGCUGGGCUGGGAGGCCUUCCACCCCCUGCAGAUCCUGGGCUUCCUCAUCCUCCUGAUGGGCACCGCGCUCUACAAUGGGCUGCACCGCCCGCUGCUGAGCCGCCUGGCCAGGGGCCGGCCCCCCGCAGAGGAGGGCGAGCACGAGAGACUGCUCGGUGGCUCCCGGACUCCCAUCAACGAUGCCAGCUGAGCCUCAUGUGGAUUCUCCGCUGCUACCUGGAUGCACCUUGUCCACCCUGAGGCCGAGGCUGCUCGGGCUGGUGAGCCUCCAGUGGCCUGUCCCCGAGGCCUCACCCUCUCCUCCCCACAGACCCCCCCACCAGGGCAGCUGCUACCCCAAGAGAUGACCAGACACCCAGGUCCUCCUUGGUCACCACCCCCUGUGCCGCCCACACAGGCCUGAGUACGGUGACCUACCCCUGCCAGGCUCCCCCCAAGCACCUCCUGCAACACGAGCACUAAAUCAUGAAGUGGAAUUGCAGGAACUAACAAUCCUAAGAUUUUCUCCUAAAUCAUAAGCUAAAUUUGGUUCUCCAGAGAAGAGAGGUCAGUGAACACAUUCAAA